GGUAGGUAGUUCUCAUCAACUAAUCUUGAAGCUUGCAAAUUCACCUCAGAUGUAUCUCCACCGUCGUUUAUAAGAUUGCAAGGCUCUUGUCUUGCCUGGAAAAUUGGAGGGAACUAUCACCACAAGUCAUCGAGGCUAUGUCUUAGCUAUAACGUUGAAUCAAAAUUAUAUGUAGUCAGUCUCUAAGCGUCGUAGUGAAUCAAACCUUCUUGCGUCUUGGUUGAGAUUCGAACCACGGCCAUUCGUUUCGACUCGACAUUCAGAUUAACAUCAUUAUGGAUGUGUGGACUGUUGAAAAGAGUCUCAAGACAAUCGACGAAUCAACGUCUACUGACUCGGUGAGGAUGAGAGGAUGGAAACACGAGGAAGGAGAUGUCGAUGGUCGCAGACGAUCCGUGCAUACGCAGACUGAUUGCGAUCGUAGCAACGCAGAUAACUGCCGACAGAUUUUCAGCCAGCGUAAAUGGAAGGACUUUGGUACUGUGACCACGUUGCAUGGAAUGCGUUACAUUACUCACUCUAACUACAGUCUUGUCAGAAGAAUUAUAUGGGCCAUCGUUUUACUAUUCUUCAUGGGAGUUCUCAUCUUCGUUGUUGUUGACAACACAGUUCGUUACUUCAACUAUAACGUGACAAGCAUCGUGACCGUGAAAUACGUGAACGAUCUCACCUUCCCAGCCGUGACGAUCUGUAACUACAACCUGCUCAGGAAAUCUUACUCCGAGAAAGCCUUUGAUGAAGACGUGCUGGACGCCUUUAAGGUCUUCGGACCAAGUAAUGGUCAGAGCUCCAUCAACUUCACAGCUUUGAAAGAUUGGAAUAUCACAGACGACUUGAUUAAAGGGGCACACCAGAAGGAAGACAUGGUGAUUGAAUGUAGCUGGCGAUCGACCAUUAACUGUACAGCCGAUAAUUUCACGCAGGUUCUGACUGACUUUGGAAUAUGCUACACCUUUAAUGAUCCAAAGAAUCCAGAGGAUGCACUGAAAGUCCAACAGACUGGUUAUGACAGUGGCUUGUAUCUACGAUUGAAUCUGGAGCAGUAUGAUUACUUCUAUGGCUUCAGCAAGGGAGCUGGAUUCAAGGUCAUGCUUCAUAAGCAAGGAGAGUUUCCCUUCGUGAAGCAGCUAGGAUUUGCUAUCUCACCAGGAUUUGAAACACUCGUCACUCUUAAAUUUACUCAGUUGGUGAACAAGGAGACACCCUAUGUCACACACUGCGUUGUAUCGGAAGACAUUCAUGGCUUCAAGUACACGGUGGAAACAUGUCAGGCGUUAUGUAGGACCGAGUACAUUUUGGCCAACUGCGGCUGCAGAACAAGUGAGCUACCAGCCGGACCAGACAUGGGUCAGUUAAGAUUUUGUACCUAUGGUGAGAUAAUACAAUGUGUUCAACCAGCCAUGCGUAAGUGGGCCUUCUUUGCUGACUUAGAUGCUCGAUGUAACUGCAGUGUACCGUGUUUUCGUGAAGUAUUUUCUCCCAGAAUCUCGGAGGUUUUCUGGCCAGCUGAACACAUCACUAAGGCCUUACAAGAUGCCUUUAACAGUAGCGAAAGCUUUCUCAGGAAAAAUAUAAUCGAUGUGGUUAUAUUUUUCGAGGAACUGAACUACGAAGAAAUCCGGCAGGUUGCCGCCUAUCCGUUCACUGAUUUGUUGAGUGACAUUGGGGGCUACAUGGGCCUGAUGGUAGGCGCUAGCUUGAUUACAUUCUUGGAGUUCGUGGACUUCUUGGCCAUAGGAGUCAUCGAAUACUGCCAGAAACACAACAUCUUCAAACGAAGAAGGAAAAUUAACAUUAGUCAAACUCACAUUCGUUCUUGAGCUAUGAAGGUUGUAAAUAAGAGGGAUUUUAUGAAGUGUGGAUCAAUAAUUCAUUGGCAGCAAUGGUUCAAAUCCCGUAAUGUAAAUAAAUCUUCCUGUAAUAAGAAUUAGCAUGCAUCUCACUCCUAUAGCCAGAGGGCAGGUCAAUUUUCUCUCUCAUCUGUCGCUGGUAUGAUUAGAAUCCUAAAGAUCGGCCUGGUAUUCAGAAACUGUUAGAUAAAAAACCCCAAAUAUGUUGUCAUAUUAUCAUGUGCUGUGUGAAUGUAAAGUAGUUAUUACAUGUACAUGUACAUAUCACAAACAGUAAUAUUGUGUCGAUGUAUUAUACUGCCGUUAGACAUGCAUGUUAAGCGUAACCAUUGACUACAUGACAUAAAAGGUGUAUCAUGAGAGUGACUUUGCUAGAUGUGGGUAGAUAUGGAUAUAUGUUGCACCAUGUAUAUCUCAACAAUAUUUAAAUGCGAUGUCUAUAUAUAUAUAAAGAUAUUCUGUCAACGAUUAUUUGAUUUUGACUUAGGCCUAAACGGAAUAAAAAGGUUUUGUUCACAAAAGUGCAAUAGAAAGUUGCACAGUAUAUUCAAAUUAAGGUAAUACAGAUAAUAUUAACUCUUAAUAGAAAGUAAAUAGAACAUUCAGGUAUUCAGUAUCUUAUUCUUAACUGUCUAGUUAUGUGUUGCAUUUUAUUGGAUACCAUGAUGUAACGUGAUUGUGCAUUCACUUUGUGGUCUUUGGGGGAAAAAAAACAGUAUUAGGCCAAAAUAUAAAAAAGUCGGUCUCUGGUCAGUGCGCGCGUCGAUUUUAAUCAUGCGCGUCAAUCUUAUUUCCCCCCCCCCAAAUUUUCCGCGGUAACAGCGAUCUCUAUUGCCGCACGUCCUCGAAAGUUUAUGCCAAGGAAUGGGUAAAUGGCACAAAAGCAAAUGAUGGAGAGCAC